GAUAAUGUUGGCAACCCUGUAUGACUUGUCAAUACGAUGACGUACGCUGUCGCUUGACCGCGUAAAUUUGAAUUUGUCAAACAGUUUCGAAAUUCCAGUGUGAUUUUAAUGGGGAACCUACUGUCCGGAUUCAAACAAUGCCUACGCUGCUCGGAAAAGGACAUUUUAACGGAAAACAGCCUGGAGGCAGUGAGAGAGAUCAUUACGGUGCUGAGAAAUGUGAGGUUUCCGGGCAACCGCUGGCUGCUGCAAGUGGGGGACGGUUUGGCCCAUCAAGGGAUUGUCAAUGAAAUCGUUGUCUGCAUAGAAAAUGGCUCAGUGCGCACUGUAAGGAACAUGCUUGACGCCGGCUGGAGACUGGAGGCCUCACAUGCCCUCUACGUCUACCUCACUCGCUUGAAAAAGUCCCUUAUACCCGAACACAUACAAUCCUUAGCACUGGACAAUGACAAUGGGAACAUCAGCCCCGAAGUGGUUGCCGGAGACAUCUUGGGGCUGAUCCAGGACAACCUGACCAGCAGACACAAGACCUUUUUGGGGCUGUUGUUGCAACUGAUGGAUAAUAACAUUAAAUUAUCCCCCGCAGAUGAACUGAGGGGUCGCACCCUACCUGUGUCCAUGUUGCCCUUGUUUUUUAAUAUUGAGAAUUAUCAUUUUAUGCACGAAUGGAGGAGAAUCCUUGCAAUAUUCGUGGAACUGAUCAAGCAGGGCCCCGUGGCCCUACUGGGCAGAGAAAACCGCUCGGAAUUGUUUAUGUAACUUCAUCAAUAAAUGCAUACAGAAACA